AUGAUGAAAGGAAAAAAAAUAAAGAGCAUGAAAAGCAAAUAUAUAAGAAAUCAGGUAAAACAGACAGAAUUAGAGUGUCAAAUACUAAAUAAGUAUCUUAAAAAAGUAGAAGAAGAAAGGAAGAUAUUCGAUUUAUCCACAGUUGUACUAAAAAAAUAUAAUUCUUAUCUGAACAACAAUUUAAUUAACAACAUCGCUUUUCAUUAUUUUAGAAAUGUCUUUUUAAAUACUUGUGGAAUUCUUUUCACGAAUAGUUACACAACUUUUGAAAGUGAUAGUGACAAUGAUAUGUCCAAAGGAACUUAUCUCCGUGCUUCUGUUAAAAGGAGCAUUUCCGAUUGUACUCGAAAUAAGUAUAAUAAUAAGAAAAAUAGGAAUGCAAAUAGUAACAUAUUAUCAUGGGUAAAAUUAAAAAAGGAAAAAUACAAGCAACUGGAAAAAAAAAAGAGCAUAAUGUCAUUUGUUAAUCCAAGAAAGCAGGGUACCACAAAAAUUAAUCGCUCUUGCUACAGUUAUAAUACUUUAAAAAAUUAUAAAAAAUUAAUAGAAAGCCAGAAAAGUGAAGAUAAGCUAAAAUGGAAAAUUAGUAAAUUGAGCUUCAAUGGAAAAGAAGCGUGUAAUGAGGCAAAUGACGAAGCUGAAGUGGAGGAGGAUGUGCAAGACGAAAAUGAAUAUGAUUCCCAGAGUGACAGCGAAACAGACAUAAACAUCAAAUUGUUGAAGGAAAAAAUGAAUAUAAAUAAUUAUGAACAGGCAAGGAAAAAAAAAAAAAAAAAAAACUUUUCUAUUACAACAUUAAACGGCUAUUUGGAUAGUAAAGCAAGGGACAUCAAAUCACCGUGGAUAAAUUCACAUGAUUUUAAAAAAUAUGUAGAAGAAGCAGAGAGUGGCAAUAUAACGAAAUCGGGAUGUACAAAUAAGAACAAUAAGAACUGUAAGAGAAUAUAUGACAUAGGUUUGUCGAAUUAUAGGACAUUUACAAGUAAACAUGACCGUUCAUAUUUGGUGCACACAGAAAAUACAUUUCAUGGUCAGGAAAAAAAAAAAAAAGAAAAAAAAGGAAAAAAAGGAAAAAAAGGAAAAAAUACAUAUGAAGAACAAAUGUACACAUUGGAUGAAAAAUCUUUCUCAUACAAUUCCUUAUCAUCCAGUAGCUCGUAUUACCGAAAUAAGAACAACAUGGAUAGAAAGAAAAUGAACAAUACGAGUUACAUAGACUCUUAUAUAGAUAUGAUUAAAAAGGAUAAAAUUUUUUCAUAUUUUGAAAACAAAACAGAGACAAAAAGUAGUACAUUUUCAGACUUAAUGAAUAAUAUUAAAAAGUUGUUUUUUUUCGGUGAAAAGAAAGAUAAUGAAAAUGAAGAUUUAGAAAGUGAAAAACAAAACAAGCAAAAAGGAGAUUUCAAAAUUUUGAAAUAUCAAUGCUUAGUUAAAUCAAAAAGAGGAAAAAUUUAUUUAUGUGUUUGUCCAAAUUGUGCAAAAAAAUUUUACUUGUUAAUAAAAAAAGGCUCAAAUAAAAAAACGAUUUCAAAAGUUUUUCCACCAUCUCAUUUUUCAUCCGUAGUUGAAUAUUUAAAAAGACAAGAAACACAAUGUUUGAAUGAACAAAAAUAUGAAAAAUGUGCAGAUAGCAAAAGUUCACAACUGGAAAUCAGUUCAUUGAAGUAUUUUUAUGAGUCCGCUUCUUUCAUUGAGAAUGAAAAUAGUGUUAAUUUUUGUAAAUGCUAUACAAGGAUGAAUGAUAGUAAUAAUAAUAAUAAUAAUAAUAAUAGUGAUAAUUUUUUUGGAAAUUUAGAUAUGCUGCUUUAUUUGUAA